AUGUAUAUCUCGAACGCUCUGCUGAUUGCCUGCGCGGCCUACGCACCAUUUGCUACCGCAGCGGUGCAGGCCAUACCUGCCGCCGCUGCCAUCACAACGAGCGCUGCCUAUCCCGAAGUUUCCUCUACGACGCCCACACUGGCUUCCACCUCGACUACUUCGUCCCCACUUAUUUUAAGAAGCAGCAACAUCGACGCGACUGCCACUACCGCCAGCUCGGAGGUUCACUCCGCAAGUUUGUCGAAUCUCUCCAGCCACACGCCAACUUUUAGCCGUCACUUCGCCAGCUCUGCUAUCGCCAGCUCCGUGCGUGCUAGCUCUUCUGUGGCCGCCAGCCCUUCCUUCACUAGGUCCUAUAUCACCAAGACCACCACCCUUCCCACUCAAGGUGCUUCCGCCGACACAAAAUCUGAAUCCGGAUCCUCUACUUCCGCCGACGCAGCCGAGGCGACUGAGACCAGCGCUGCGGUCCCAUCCACCAAAUUAUCGAGCGGCCUUGCCGCUGGUGUCUUGGCUGCCGUUGUGUCUCGUCCUCUGCUUGAACACAAAUGGCCUCUCAUUCCCUCUGACAGGGGGUACUAG